AUGGACGGCAAGCCUGGCGUGGCCGCCGUCCACGAGGCGCUGCUCGAUUCGCCGGCGGCGGCGAAGGACGAUGGAGGGGAAGGCCUCGCUGCGGCGGAGGUCAGGCGGCUGGUGCGGCUCGGCGGGCCGAUCGUCCUCAGCUGCAUCCUCCAGAACCUCGUCAACAUGGUCUCCGUCAUGGUCGUCGGCCACCUCGGCGAACUGCCCCUCGCCGGCGCCUCACUCGCCGCCUCCCUCGCCAACGUCACCGGAUACAGUCUCCUCGCCGGCAUGGCGACGGCGCUGGACACGCUGUGCGGGCAGGCGUACGGCGCGGGGCGGUACCACCGCCUGGGCGCCUACAAGCAGCGAGCGAUGGUGGUGCUCUCGCUCGCCUGCGUCCCCAUCGCCCUCGUCUGGGCCAACACCACCAAGAUCCUACUUUUCCUCGGCCAGGACCCGGCCAUCGCGGCGGAGGCCGGCGAGUACGCGCGGUGGAUGAUUCCCUCACUCGCCGCGUACGUGCCGCUGCAGUGCCACAUCCGCUUCCUGCAGGCGCAGGGCGUCGUCCUGCCCGUCACCGCCAGCUCCGGCGCCACCGCGCUGUUCCACCCGCUCGUGUGCUGGCUGCUGGUCUACAAGGCCGGCAUGGGCAGCAAGGGCGCCGCGCUCAGCAACGCCGUCUCCUACGGCGUCAACCUUGUCAUACUGGCCAUGUACGUCAGGCUGUCGGACGCUUGCAAAGACACCUGGAGCGGCUUCUCCCGGGAGGCCUUCAAGGAGCUGCGCCAGUUCACCGAGCUCGCCAUGCCCUCCGCCAUGAUGAUCUGCUUGGAGUGGUGGUCGUUUGAAAUCCUUGUGCUCCUCUCUGGACUCCUGCCUAAUCCUCAGCUUGAGACAUCGGUGUUGUCAAUAUGCCUCAACACAGGCGCUCUGCUCUACAUGGUACCGCUUGGCCUCUCUUCUUCCAUCAGCACGCGCGUCUCGAACGAACUUGGAGCCGGGCAGCCUCAGGCAGCGAAGCUAGCGAUGCGGGUUGUCAUGUACAUGGCGUUAUCUGAAGGGCUGGUGAUAGCCCUGACCAUGAUCUUGCUACGGAACGUCUGGGGGCACCUUUACAGCGACGAGCAGGAAGUGGUCACCUACAUUUCCAGGAUGCUGCCGGUCCUCGGCAUAUCUUUCUUCAUUGAUGGACUUCACAGCUCUCUUUCAGGCGUGCUUACGGGGAGCGGCAAGCAGAAUAUUGGCGCGGCCGUGAACCUCGGCGCGUUCUACCUGCUGGGAAUUCCGAUGGCCGUGCUGCUUGCAUUUGUCUUCCACCUGAAUGGAAUGGGUCUCUGGCUUGGCAUCGUCUGCGGCAGCUUCACCAAAUUGGCGCUGCUGGUAUUUAUCGCCUGGUGCAUAGAUUGGGAAAAGGAGGCAGAAAAGGCAAACGACAGGGUCUUCAACUCAUCUUUUCGCCUAGUAGCAUGAAGCAUCC